AUGUUCCAAUUACUCAAUUGUCUCAAAUAUCUAUCUCUUAAGACAGCAACUUUGCUUCUUUAAUUUCUCAUCAUAGGAAUUGUAAUUGGCCUUUGUUCAAUCGUUCUUGUUAUAAAUCGCAAUAUGAUGGAUGCACUUAUAUCUGAAAUUUCAGACAAACUCUUAUUUAAAUCAAACUUUUAAUAAUAUGAACUUUAAACUGAGAUGCUUAAAUAAUAACUUAAUUGGCCGAUGUAUCAAAGAUUUUCAAUGAUGCAAAGUUUUAAAACUUUAUACUAAGAUUUUAUUCCCUUUAUAUAAAUUUAGAACUUUAAUUAUCCUAUUGAAUGUCCUCCAUAUUAAGGUUAGCCCCAUGGAUCAAAUAGGAUAUUAUUUUCAUUACCUGAAUUCUGUAUCUCUUAUAAAAAUAAAACCAAAUUUGUUGAAAAUGGACAAUUAUAUCCUUUCCUAAAUUUUCUUAAUUAACUCAUAAUCCCUUUAACUUGGACUCCUUUUACUGGAUUUUACAUGACUAAUACAGAUGAAAAUUAUUACUUUGCUUCUAAUCCACCCAUUUUUAAUUAUCCUUCCUACAAUCCUUAAAUCAGACCUUGGUAUAUUAAUCAUUUAGAAAAAUCUCAAACUUCAAAUAGCUAAGCUUUUGUCUCUUAUAUCUAUUAAUAAUUUGGUUAUGAUGAAUAUAGUUUCACAAUUACCUAAUCUUUAUUCGAUAAAGAACAAUAAAACUAAAAUUAAAAACCUAAAAUUUAGGCAAUAAUGGGUUAUGAUAUGAAUUUUAAAGAAUAUGCAAAUUAACUUUAAUUUUAGUAAUUCAUCUUUAUAAUAACAAAUCCACUCGGUUAAAUAAUUUGUACUAAUUCUAUAGAAGAUUUAAGACUUGAUCUAAAAAUAUAUUAUGUUUAUUAACAAAAUAUAACUGGCUUUACAGAUCUAGAUUGGUAAUAAAUAAAAUAAUCUGCACUUUAAUAAUCCUAUAAUAAUAGUUGUACAUUAAAGAUUAAUCACCUCUGUAGAUUUAAUAUGAAAUACUAAGAAGAUAUCAUUCUUCAUGUAUUCAAUAUCCAUUCAGAUUUUUUUUUGAUUAUGUAAUUAUUUAUAUUGACUCAUAGCUUCUAAAACGUUACUAUACAGAAAGAAAAUAUAGAAAUUGCUGAAAAAACAAAAACGAAUGUAAUUAAAGAGUUUGGUCGAAAUCUAUCAUAUUUAGUAGGAACAUCUUUAGCCCUUCUAAUAUGUAGUUGGAUUGGAAUGUACUUAUUUUUUCGUCCAAUAAAGCAAAUGAAAUAAAAAAUGGAAACUAUUAUUAGAAAGAAAUUUUCAAGUCCUAAUUGGAUGUAAAAAAUCUAUAAUGAAUUUAAUGAAAAGAAUACAAAUUACCUUAAAGAUGCUUUAAAUAAUUUGAAAUAAAAAAUUACAAACAUUAAAAGAAAGAAAUGUUAAAAUUGUUAUUUGAUUGAAAAUUUUAAAUAUCCUAGAAAAGUUUUAACUAUUGAAUUUUACUAAAUUAAAAAUAAAAUUAAAGAAAUUAUAUAGGAUUAAGUUAUAAAAGAAUCAAUAAGUGAAAAUAAUAUAAAAAUUGAUGGAAUUAUCAAUUCUGGAGAAAAUUAGAAAAAAAUUUCAUAGAUACUUACAAAUAAAAUGUAUUCUUAAACAUUGAAUAGUGAAAUUGAUGAAAAUGUUAACUUAUUAAAUAGUACAGAGAGGAUAUUCUGA